AACGAGGACUGCUCGGAAGCCUGGCAGGGCGAGCGAUGGCUGGACGUGAAAUCGACUGCUGUGCGUCAAAUACUGGAAAAGCGGAUUCAGCUGGCGAAGCGCAAGGGGUGCGAUGGCAUAGAGCCGGACAAUGUGGAUGCAUACAAUGGAAACAUCAUGGUGAACGCCAUCAGCCAUUUCACCAUCACGAAAAAGGACCAGUUCAACUUCAACUCGUGGAUUGCAAAUACAGUGCACAAGUACGGCAUGUCAGUGGGUCUCAAGAACCCUGGCCCCCUAGCUCCCUCCCACAUGGCCGGCCUGUUUGACUGGGCGCUUGUUGAAGAGUGCAACCAGUACACGGAUUGGAGCGGUGGAGAGUGGUACAGCGGCAAGUAUGGCUGCGACUAUGCCAACGAGUUUAUUCUUCGCAACAAGGCGGUGUUUGUGGCAGAGUAUGUGGAGAGCUGGGGCAAUUCAGCAGGAGUGCAAAACGGCAUUAAAUUCCCACAG